AGUUUGUGAGAUAUUAAACUUAAACGCUGUCCGGAUGUUUCCCCUCGUAAAAUUCUCUGAUUACGUGAAUUUCUCCAAGUUUCAAAAAGACCACAGGCCCAACGUAAAUUCUGUUUGGUAUUUUGAGGCACACUUGUCUCGCAUAAUCCUGCAAUUUCAGAAUCCAACAACGGUACAGAAAAUCUUUCAUGAUCACUAUGCUUCCCACUACCGCCGCCAAACACAUUCUCACUCACGUGGACUUCUUCCUCCACGUCACUAAUAUCGCUGUAAUGUUGCUGAAGAAGAUCCCUUUCCUCCGCUUCAUCAUCUUCAGAGUUUUCACUUAUUGUCAAAAACUCACACUGUGAAGCUGGAAUCAACGUAUCGUCGCUGUCGGUCCCACUCAUACCUGCUGCGUAAUGAAGAGACAUGUGCGCGGAGACCAUGUGUUUGUAAAGAUUUUUGAAUUUGUAAUUUGAAAGUACUAUCUAAGCAACACACCAUGCCAGCGAUAAAGCUGAAGAAGGCAGCCGCAGAACACCAGGCAGAGAAGGAGCGGGAAGAAAGAGAGCGAGAGUCUGAGGAAGUGAUGGCAGUGAAGACAGUCCCCAGCACCGUCACCAUCAAACCCAAGGAGGCCUCCAUCGGUGGGAGUCUCAUGAAGGGUUUGGAUGCAAACAUUCUCCUGGAGAAGAGAAAGAGAACCAUUCCUCCAUCAGAGCAAAAGCUUAUUGACUGGAUGGAAGCCAAUCUGGAGUCCAAGGAAGAAUGUCGUGUAUCACUCAACAGUCUGUAUGACUACUUUGGAGAGGCCUGCUCCUUUGAUGGGACAGCUGUGGUUGAUCAGCCAAUGUUUAACAAGAGGAUCACUGACAAGUUUGGCAAGGCUUUUGCUCUGAAAGAAUCUUCACCAUACAAAGGCCUGAUCAAGGAAAAGAAGUCAAAAGGAAAGGGGAGUACAGUGAAGGCUGACACACUCAAGAUCAAGAUGAAGGAUAUCAUAGAAGAAGCCAUUAAAGAAGCAGGAAAUCCUGUUAAAGGGGUGCGAUUCUUUUCUCUGAAGCAGUACAUUGCUUGUAACUAUCCCGCUCUGAGAGUAGACCUACGACCUGCCUACCUCAAAGUGGCACUGGAGCGUGGUGUCAAGUAUGGAUACAUACAGCUGGUAAGGGGAGUUGGCCUAGCAGGAUACUAUCGUUUACCCGUGGAUGAGGAGCCUGAUGAAACAGAAGAGAAAUCAGCUGAGAAGGAGGGCGAAGAAGCUGAGGGGGACAAGGAAAACCAGAAUGGAGAUGCUGAGGCCCCUGAAGGCGAGAAAUCAGAGGAGAAUACUGCAGCUGCUGCUGCUGCAGCUCCAUCACCCAAGAAAAAAAGUCGUAAGAGAAAGGCUCCUGAAAAAGAAGAAGGAGAAGAAGGAGAAAAAACUACAGAAGGGGAGGGAGAUGAUGGAGAAGGCAAGAAAAAGAAGAAAAAGAAGACAAAAAGGAGACGGCCAAGACCAGACAGCUACCAUGUUGCUCCACUCAAGAUUGAAGACACCUUUGCCUUGGCUAUGACAUACAUGUGUGAACCCAAACAGACAUCUUUUGGGAAGAUUAAGAAGUACAUCACCGAGAACUAUCCCCACGUAGAUACAGAAGCUCCGAGUGAACUGAAGUCAGCAAUGGAGAGUGGCGAGAGGAAGGGCUUUUGGGAACACAUCACUGGACAAGGGCUGUCAGGGACAUUCCAGCUGAUGAUCGAUGAGUUUGAUCCGAACAGCACUGACAAUGUAGAAGACAUGAUAUGUUCUGCCAUCAUUGCUUGUAACGAGCCCAAGCAGGCAUCCUCAAACCUGCUGAAGAAAUAUGUCAUGGAAUUUCACCCAGACUUCAAUAUUCAGUCUAGACCACAUCGCUUCAAGAUGGCACUUGAAAGGGCUCUUAAAAAACAGAAGAUCAUCCAGCUGAGUGGUAUUGGUGCAAGUGGCAGCUUCCAGAUGUGGUCCCCCUUCACACCCACCCCUAGCCUCCUGGCGGGAGAAGAAGAUGACUACGUGGAGGACAUCUUCACUGAGAAGCAGGAGAUGUACAUUCCACGGGGUACAAAGUCUCGGGGUGGUCAGUCUGUACGCAAAGCACCUGCUGACCGGAGUCUGGAAGGAAGACCUAAACCAAAGAAGAGAGCUCCACCUACCAACCGUUCUGCCAGUCAAAAGAAGGCAGCCGCUUCCAAAUCCAGGUCACCUGCAAAGUCACAAUCAAGAAGUCGAGGGAAGGCUAGCUAUGCUGAAGAUGAAGGAGAAGCGGAAGUUGAUGAGGAAGUUGAAGAGGAAGUUGAAGAAGAUGAAGGUGAACCUCCUGCAAAGAAGAAGGCAAAGAAAAGUGGCAAAGCAAAGAAGGGGAAGAGCAGUCCUAAACCAAAGAAGAAGACAAAGAAACCAGUCAGCAGGGCCCAGAUCACUGAUACAGAUGAGGAAGGAGAUGAUGAUGAAAGUGAGGCCAAGAAAAAAUCAAAGAGUAAGGCACAAACUGAAACUAGUCCACGGAAGUCAAAAGCCCGACCUAGCUAUGCUGAAGAUGAAGAUGGCAGUGAAGAUGAAGACAGUGCUCCUCGCUCUAAGGGAAGAAGUAGAGAGUCUUCAGGUGCGGGGAGAAGGUCCAGCAAGGUUAAUUAUAAUGAAAAUGAGGAGGAAGAAGAAGAUGCAGAUAGGCCAGAAUACACACCAAGAAAAUCAAAAUCAAGAGGUGGGGAAGAUGAUGAAGAGGAUGAGCCGAGAUCUUCACCAAAGAAAAGAGGAAAGAAACGCCGUUGAGUAUUGUACAAUCAACAGUCCUACAUAAUAAACCUAACAGACAAGUUAAGAUGUCUUAAGGGUUGAGUCAUGAUACAACCCAAUUGUCUUGUUCAAGGAAAUGAAAGUAUUUCCCCCCGAUCUGAAAGAUUUGUAUGGAUUUGUUUUGCAUAUGUUGGUACUAAGUAUUCUCAUGUUUCAAGAAGCAGGAAUUUGUUACCAUAAAAAAUGAAUACUUUAGGGCAUAUUUUUCCCCAACAGAAAAAAACUGCAUUUAUGUGUAAAAGGUAUGAUUCUUGUAAAAAUAAUUUCAGUCAGCUGGUAUGUUGGGUUUGAUUUCUAAACAUUGUUCCAUUGAGGCAUGUAACAUCUUAAGGAGUUUGUUUUUGUAACAUGUGUUUACAUAUUUUUGCCUUUAUGAAAGUGCAGAUUAUUCAUCAUUGUGUAAUGUGAUUGUGUAGAGAUAAUCACAAUAACCACAAUUCCCCUUUGCCCAUUGUACAUACCAUUUGGCGGGGACUGGACCUGUUUUCAUAGGUUUCUCACUCAUCAAGCAAUUGAUUCAAUAUAUAUGCUUUCAUUUUCCAUCAUUCCCAUAUUGACUUUGACUGAAGAAAGCAUCAUGUUUUACUGCUUGUACAACAUUUUAAUAAUCCAUCUCAGAAUCAUGGCAACAAACCUUGAUUUGAAUAUGACUCUAGACAGAAAGAAUCUAGAUAAAAUGGGCAGCAAUUAAAUCGCCAUCAUCGCCGUAAGUCAAAAAGAUGUAAACCUAAUCCAACAGUAAUUCCUGCUGUUCAUACAUUCAAACAUUACUGGUUUAGUUGAUAAUAAUCAGGAAGAAUAACUCUAAGUACAACUUUCCUUUAGCAUACUUGAACCAUAUUAUUCUGUUUGUAUUUAUUGAACAAUUGUUAGACAUUUUGAGUCAGUGAGGAAAAGAGAGAAAAGGUUUGGUGAAGAUAAUUUUACACCUACCUGUGAAACAUAGAAUACAAUGGCAUGUAAUGGAGACUGAAGUUUUUGAGUUUCUACUUCAUUGUGGUAAGAGUUAGGAAAGGGACUUUAGCUAUGGUUAGAUUUCAUUCUAUACUUGCAGGCGAUGUGUACUCUAGCCAGAAUUGAGUUUUGUACGAAUAGCUAUUGGUUGUGGACUGUUUUUAUUUUGUUUACUGUUAAUGAUUUUUUAAUUUGGUAAAUAUACUGUUGUAUACAACAUUCAUGCCUGUACUACUUUCAUAAUUAUAAAUUUGUUUUAGGUCUUUGCAUAUAAAUCAAAAUACUAGUGAUUUUGUCACUAGCAUUAAAUCAUCAAUUGUGUAAAAAAACUGCAUGACUUCAUGCUGUUGAAAAUUUGAUGUACCUCGUCAGAUCAGUGUAUUGUUGAGUUUCAUACUUUUGUUUUAAGAUCAUUUUAAGGUAGCAUAUUGUAUUAAGGUAUAAGGCCUUAAAUCAAAAUGAGUAACUAAAAGUUUUAUUAUAAAAACCUGAAUAGUUUACUCUGCAUAUUCUCAUGCAGGAAAGAUAUUUGAAUUACUGUGCAAAUAUAUGUAUUGUGCAAAUGAAAACAGUACAUGCUGGUGAAGAAUGACCAGUACAAAAAGAAUGUAUUGUUGCAAAUUUUACAAGGUUUCAUGGAAUGUGGGAGAAAUACCAAUACUCCUUGCACCAUGACUGUAUAGAUGAAUGCCUGGACUGUUGUUUGUGAAGCAUGUAUGUUAUAGACAUUUUACUAGACUCUACACCAGUGUGUUGACACACAGUUUUUAUUUUACAUUCAAAACUAUCAGCAUUUGGAAAUUUAGACCUACACUGCUGAAUCUAUCUGUUAUGAGCUAUUUUUCCUUGAAUACUGAGAUUAAUGAAGCUUGUUUGAUAAUGACAUCAGUCUUGAUGUUUUUGAAGAGGAGGGCUUGAUUUCUACUGAGAAUAUAUAUUGUAGUUAAAUUCCUAAAGUGCUCCCAAAAUGCUCCCAGUUAGAGCAGUAUUACCCAGGGUGCAGGAUGUUCCCAUUGUCGUCCAAUACACUUUUAGGACGGGACUAGUCUAUCCUAGCUGUCUGUGAGUAUUGGAGACAUGUUAUAUAUAUAUGAAACAAUAAUGGCCAAAACAUGUUUGCCUGAAACCGGUGAAUCACAUACAAGAUCUAGACACAUCAUCAUGCUUCCUGGAAAAAUUUAUGUUAAGAAAAUUUAAGUGAGUUAAAAUUUAUUGUUGUAUCAGCAGUUUCUGUCAUCAGGUGACACCUACUGUAACUUCACUUGGGUAAAUCCAUAGCCAAAUAUAAUGUAGCCUAUAUGUUAUCAUUAUUAUGGAAGAAUGAAUAAAUGGAUAUGAAUUACAAUGUAUAUUAUUUUCACAGGAUCAGUUUUUGAUUGUAUGGAUAAUAGUUGUCAUCAUUCAACUUAUUCAGCAGAAGACAGGACAUUAAUUGUAUGUUGUGCUUUGUAAUCAGCCCCAUGUCUCCUUCACUUAAUAUUAUAAUGACCCAUAUUUGCAUUGUUCAUGGUGUUGUAGAUACUAAUAACAACAGUGUAUCUUCUGCAUUACCUUAUUACAGGCAAUAAGAGUAUCCUGGAUGUUACUGUUUACUUAGCAUGUGCUCUCAUGUGUAAGCACAUGGGGCUAUUGUGAUAUUAUGUGUAACAGUAUGAUUCUGGGAUGGGCAUUCAUUCUCACAGUUUACCUUGCUUUCUUCACGGGCUUCUAUUAGAGGGUUCGCUGUAUUACGAAAGACUCGCAUGUUGCCAACUGUAUCCACAUGGUUGUUGCAUUGACAUGAAUAUUCAUUUUGUCUAUCGGUAGUUGGCCUGUAUUUGCAUCAUAAUAGUCAUAUAAUCAUGCGUUCACAAAGAGGCUUUUGUAUUGAAAAAGCUGUACACCAAAUAUGGAGCCAUAGCCUAGGCCAGUUUAUCUUUUAUACUGUAUUUUGUUCUGUGGCAUUUGGAAAUUUUGUGUACAUUGAAAAAUAAUCAUGUCCAUGUAAAACUUAGAUUUUAGAUUUUUACCUAUUUGUGUUGUCUUAACACUGGUCAGUGGCAUUUUGUUGAGAACGUGGUCCAAAAGUGUUCCAUGUAAGGUGCUUUUUGACGAUGACAACAGCUUUUGAAGAUGUCAUACUCCAUAAUUAUAUGCAUUUAUCUUGUGUUCACAUCAUUGCCACAAUAAACUGUCUUUUCAGUGCA